AUGCAAGGGCCUGAGUUUCCACCAACGGCUAGCAGUCAUGUGGCGUCAUCUGGGCGCUCCAAUUACUUUUUGUCCUCUAAUCCAACUUUUGAAGCGAGAGGGAACCUUUCUCCUGUCCCUCGUGUCCAAAAAACCCAUUGGUCCAAGCCAAUCCUAAACUAUGUAAAAUUCAACUUGGAUGGUUAUUGGUCUCCUGGCACGAGGAAGGGCAGCAUCGACAUUAUGUCUCGCAAUUCCUCUGGUGAAUGGUGUGGAGGUCUUGCUUCCCCACUAUUAUGUGACUCAUCACUUAGUGCAGAAGCAGCAUCGGCUCUAUGUGCUUUACAUCUUGCCAAAAACAGGGGUUGUCUGAGAGUAAUCAUGGAGACAGAUUGCAAGGUGUUAAUUGAUUGCAUUUUUGGAUUUAGGGUAAUAACUCCUGAGCCAUCCUUCCUCUUAUUGACGAAAUUCACGUUGUGGUUUCAAGCUUCGAAGAGGUGA